AUGGCUGCCAGUUCCGAGCUUGCGAUUUUGGUGGCAUGCGCGCUGCUGUUAGCUGCGGCGUGCGGAGGUGCCCCCGACGACGUGCCCGAGCUCGAGGUCGGGUACUACGAGGAGACGUGUCCCGAGGCGGAGUCCAUCGUGAGGGCCGCCGUGAGCGAGGCCGUCGCCGCGGACGCCGGCGUCGGCGCCGGCCUCAUCCGCCUCCUCUUCCACGACUGCUUCGUCCAGGGCUGCGACGCGUCGGUGCUGCUGGACCCGACGGCGUCGAACCCACGGCCGGAGAAGCUCGGCCCGCCCAACUUCCACAGCCUGCGGGGCUUCGAGGCGAUCGACGCGGCUAAGGCCGCCGUGGAGGAGGCGUGCCCCGGCACCGUCUCCUGCGCCGACAUCGUCGCCUUCGCCGCGCGCGACGCGUCCUACCUCCUGAGCGGCUACCGCGUCGACUUCACGAUGCCGGCGGGCCGCCUCGACGGCCGGCGCUCGAAUGCCUCAGACACGGUCCCGUCCCUCCCCCCGGCGUCCGCCAGCUUCACCGAGCUUGUCGACAAUUUCGCCAGGCAGGGCCUCGACGCGGAGGACAUGGUCGUGCUCUCCGGCGCGCACUCCGUCGGCCACGCCCGCUGCUCGACCUUCGCCGCGGGCCGCACGGCCGUCGACGCCGACGCCGACAUCGACCCGUCGUUCGCGAGGUCGCUGCGGAGGAGGUGCGCCCGGGCGGGGAACAGCACCGACGGAAAGGAGCAAGACGAGCCGACGGUGAGCCAGGACACGGUGACCCCGACGGAGCUGGACAGCCAGUACUACCGCAACGUGCUGAAGCGCAGGGUGCUGCUCGCCUCCGACGCGGCGCUCCUGGAGACCCCGGAGGCGGCGCGGAUGGUGCGGGACAGCGCGAGCGUCGGCGGGCGGUGGGAGAAGAAGUUCGCGAAGGCCAUGGUGAAGAUGGCCGGCAUCGGCGUGAAGAAGGCCGGCCGCCAUGCCGAGAUCAGGGCGAACUGCAGGGUCGUCAACUACUGA